AUUGAAGCAUUUCAACGAACAGGACAAGGUUGUGUACUGGGAUGCCAUCUCUUGUGGCUAACUACUAGUCCUCCAAUCCUCGGUGAGCGCGCAGCGGCGAUGAAGCUGAGAGCUUUGUUCCCAAUCUCAGGGUGCUUGAAUUUCCUUAAAGUUGGGAUCUUUGCUUCUCUUCAUUGCUCGCUUUCUCUUGCGGAUUAGCUCAGCGCCGGCGGAGGAAUGGGGAACUACAGGAUGCUUGCGAGGAGGUGUGUGGAGACUGAGAUGCCUGUCAUGGUGAAGAUACAGGAACUGAUGCGCGGAGCUGAGAAUUUGAUGUCGCUGGCUCAGGGUGUGGUUUAUUGGCAACCUCCUAAGCAGGCAUUGGAAAAGGUUAAAGAGAUUGUAUGGGACCCUUUGACGAGUCGGUAUGGAAAUGAUGAAGGUUUGCCUGAACUCAGGCAGGCAUUGACUGAGAAGUUGCAACAGGAAAAUAAUUUGACCAAGUCUUCAAUUAUGGUCACUGCUGGUGCGAAUCAGGCAUUUGUGAAUCUUGUGCUUACCUUGUGUGAUCCUGGGGACUCUGUUGUCAUGUUUGCACCCUAUUACUUUAAUGCCUACAUGUCAUUCCAGAUGACAGGCAUUACUGAUAUUAUAGUAGGCCCUGGUGAUUCCAAGACACUUCAACCUGAUGCUGAUUGGUUAGAGAAGAUUCUUUCUGAGAAAGGCGAUAAGCCGGUUCCCAAACUAGUGACUGUUGUAAACCCGGGGAACCCAUCUGGUGUUUUUGUACCAAAGCCUCUUCUCCAGAGGAUUUCAGAUCUCUGUAAAAAAGCUGAUGCGUGGCUUGUUGUGGACAAUACCUAUGAAUACUUCAUGUAUGAUGGACUGGAGCAUUUCUGUUUGGAAGAUAACCACAUAGUCAAUAUAUUCUCCUUCUCUAAAGCCCACGGAAUGAUGGGAUGGCGUGUAGGAUAUAUAGCGUACCCGACAGAGGUGGAUGGUUUAGCAGAACAGCUGCUGAAAGUUCAAGACAACAUACCAAUCUGUGCUUCCAUAAUAGGACAACGUUUGGCGCUCUAUUCCUUAGAAGUCGGACCGGAAUGGAUCAGAGAACGAGUGAAGGACCUAGUGAAGAACCGAGAACUCGUCCGAGAAGCACUAUCUCCGCUGGGAGAUGACGCGGUUAAAGGUGGUGAAGGUGCCAUUUACCUCUGGGCAAAGCUACCGGACAAAUACUCUGAUGACUUUGAAGUAGUACGAUGGUUGGUAAACCGUCACGGUGUGGUUGUCAUCCCCGGGAGUGCCAGUGGUGGCCGGGGGCACAUCCGCAUCUCUUUUGGCGGAUUAACACAAGCUGACUGUGAGAUCGCCGCGCAAAGACUGCAAAAGGGAUUGAAAGAGCUAAUUGAAGUUGGAAUGGUACAGUAAAACAAGUAAAAAUAACAUAAAAAUAAAAAGGAAGGUGGAAAACAGCAAGAAGAACUAUCCAUUUGAGACAAUUGCAUUUGUAAUAAAAAUGUUGAGAUGUCAACAAACAUAUAUAUCCAUGUUUUAGUUUGUGAAAUCAAAUUGAAUUAUGCAGCAGAAAAUGGGUGAUCAGCAAGCAA